AUGAGGUGCCAGAAGGACUGGUGUUAUUCUAAUAGCAUGUUUACUAUUAAGACCUCAAAAGUUCUGCAAAUCCACAGUGUCUGGUAUGGGAUCCUGAAGUGGGUCAUUUGUGUGCUCAUCAUCAUCUAUGUUUGCAUUGGCUUGUGGAGUAAGAAAAUGUACCAGCGCCAGGAACCCUUGAUCAGCUCUGUGCACACCAAAAUUAAAGGAAUAGCAGAGGUGAACAUAGGGAAUAAGACCAGAGUGUGGGACACAGCAGAUUACACCUUUCCCUUGCAGGGAAACUCAUUCUUUGUGAUCACGAACUUUGUAACCACAGAAGACCAGAUGCAGGGGAUUUGUCCUGAGUAUCCUACCAAUAGGACUUGCUGUUCUUCUGAUCAAGAUUGCAGAAAGGGGAGAAUUAACCCACUGAGCAAAGGGGUUCAAACAGGAAACUGUAUAAAAUACAAUAUGACCAAUGACCACCCAAAGAUCCAUGACCUCUCAGAUACCUGCAAGCACCAAAAGACCUGUGAAGUUGCUGCCUGGUGUCCGAUAGAGCCAAGGAAAAAUGCUCCUCGGCCGGCUCUCCUGGCCAGUGCUGAAAACUUUACCGUCCUCAUAAAGAACAGCAUUCACUUCCCAGGCCACAACUAUAGCACAAGAAAUAUUCUGCCAGGGAUCGACAUUUCCUGUACAUUUCAUAAGACUCUCAAGCCAGAUUGUCCAAUUUUCCGGCUAGGAGAUAUCUUACAGGAAGCAGGGGCAAAUUUUUCAUCUGUGGCCAUCCAUGGUGGAAUUGUGGGCAUUGAGAUCUACUGGGACUGUAACCUAGAUGCCUGGUUCUAUUCCUGCAAACCCAAAUAUAGUUUCCAUAACCUGGAUGAUGAAAUGACCAAGUCUUUGCAUCCAGAAAGCAGUUGGUUUGCUUCAGUUUUAUCAGGAUCUUUCAGAUAUGCCAAAUACUAUAAGGAAGGAGGUGUAGAAAAACGAACGCUCAUCAAAGCCUUUGGGGUCCGGUUUGAUAUUCUGGUUUUUGGCACAGGAGGAAAAUUUGACAUUAUCCAACUGAUUAUGUACAUUGGCUCCACUCUCUCCUACUUUGGUUUGGCCACAGUGUUGAUUGACUUUCUUAUUCAUAUGUACACAAUGAACUGCUGUCGAUCUUGGGUUUAUCGCUUUUGUAAGGUCUGUGAGCCUUGUGCUGUCAAUGAAGACUAUUACAAAAGGAAAUAUGAAACUUCCUUAGAACCUAAAUCGGCAUUAAAGUAUUUUUCCUUUGUGGAUGAGCCGUGCAUUAGGGUGGUAAAGCAAGAUUCGCUAAAGGAAAGUUUGCAAGAUAUGAAGAGUGAAGAAAUUCCAAGACCCCAAAAGAAUUUCAUAAAGUUGGCCAAUCUAUCUCCACCACCACACCCUGACGCCAGCUCCAGCCAUGUACCCCAAGAAGAAAUACAGCUCCUUAUAGAAAAACCAACUUCUCCACCCCAGGCAAGGCCCGAGUGGUGCCGCUGUGGACACUGCCACCCAUCCCAACUCCCAGAAAGCAGCAAGUUCAUAGAGGAGCUCUGCUGUCGCAGGGAGCGGGGUCCCUGCAUCACCACUUCGGCCCUCUUUGAGGAGCUGGUCCUCUCCAGAUCUACACUGCGCUUCAUCUUGCUCUACCAAGAGCCCUUGUUGGAAAUGGAUGCAGAUGCCCUGAACAACCAGCUCCGUCGCUGUGCCUACAGGUGCUACAUUGAGUGGCGCUUUGGUUAUGAGGACAUGGCUGACUUGGCUAUCCUGCCCAGCUGCUGCCGGUGGAAGAUCCGGGAAUGCUUUCCCAAGAAGGAUGGAAACUACACUGGCUUCAGGAGUCCUAACAGACAGGGCCACAUCUGA